AUAAUAUGAAGUAUUGCUGUUAAAUUAAUUGAUUAUUAAUGUUAAGUCGACCAGUCGACUUAGGCCGUGUUUGGCUUUUGAAAAGAAUCCGCAAUUUGAGCUACUCCAAUGGGAGGUGAACACGUCGAUCAUUUUCACCCAACCCUAUUUUAUUACAGAAGCAGUUACCAUUUCUUCUCCUAUACGAUACUCACCAAAGACAUGAUUCUCGCCAAAACCCUCGAUAAACACUUUUAAACCGUUCUUCUAUAGAAUUUCUCCAAAAUCUCCGUUUCUUCAAUGGAUUUCUCUCAUGAAGAAGAUUGUUUCUCUUCUUUCAUUCGGUGAUUUUGAAAAUUGGAGUCGGCUUGUUGAAGAAUCUACGCGAUGGAGGCUGCAGCGGGCUCUCGGAUUCUUCCGCAAUUGAAUUUCGAUCAGAAUUCCGCACCGUAAUCCGUGUUGCGCCAUCGGACUAAGCUGUUGUCAUCUUUCUCUAUUAAAUCGGAAGUUUCUUUGCCUGUGAAUUCUGAUACAAGUGAGAUGAAAGAUGGGGGAUUAUCUCUCAAACUUUCAUCACAGCAGAGGCAAACAAAUUGUAGGGAGAACAUUUUCCUCGGCUAGGGUAUGCACGUUUCCUAAGGGAGAUAUCGACUCGUAUUCUCAUACAUCAGAGGAAAAGAUAGGAGUGAUGCUUUUGAAUCUCGGAGGGCCUGAUACUCUAAAUGAUGUUCAGUCUUUCUUGUUCAAUUUGUUCGCAUAUCCUGAUAUCAUUCGCCUUCCGAGGUUUUUCCGGUUCCUUCAGCGUCCUUUGGCACAAUUAAUCUCGGUAUUGCGAGCUCCCAAAGGUAAAGAAGGCUGUGCUCCCAUUGGAGGAGGUUCACCUUUGCGCAAAAUAACAGAUGAGCAGUCUGUGGCUGACUUAAUUGAAAAGGAGUUACAGAUAUUCCCAAACCCAGAAGAGAUCAUGAUACUCUUCAGUACUCAUGGAGUUCCUGUCAGUUAUGUUGAGGAUGCAGGUGAUCCAUAUAAAGACCAGAUGGAAGAUUGCAUUUUCUUAAUAAUGCAAGAACUUAAAUCUAGAGGAAUUGGCAACAAUCAUACUUUGGCUUACCAGAGGCGGGUAGGACCUGUGCAGUGGCUAAAGCCGUACGCCGAUGAAGUUCUUGUUGAGCUUGGCCAACAAGGAGUGAAGUCUCUCUUGGCUGUUCCAGUGAGUUUUGUGAGUGGGCACAUAGAAACUCUUGAAGAUAUCGAUAUGGAGUACAGAGAACUGGCUCUUGAAUCCGGUAUUGUUAAUUGGAGUCGUGUUCCUGCUCUGAACUGUAAGUCGUCAUUCAUUACUGAUCUAGCUGAUGUAGUGAUUGAAGCCCUUCCUUCAGCUAUGGAAAUAACAACCACAGCUGAAGCUGAAAGUGAUAUUUUGCAAUAUGCUAUCAAAAUGUGCGUUGGUUCUAUAUUAGCCUACAUUUUUGCUUUUUUCACCAAGACUUGUCCACAUUCAGGUAUUUCUUUUCAUAGAUACCGCUGAUUUAGCUUUGGAAGUGCGCCCUUUGCUAUUUGAAAUAGGCGCACCUUUUUUUACAUGCUUACCCUCGUUUUCUGAUCGCAAAAAACAUAGCAGGUGUACUGAUCUAUGCUCCCUAUCCAUUUUCUUUUGAUGGGUUUGUAUGAGGCUAAAAAGAGUGUGGUGAAGUAUGAGACAGUAGAACAUGCUGUGAUUAACUAUGUGCAGUUGUUUUUUAGAUUGGAUAGAUAGUAUGAGUGAUUCUUAUACUUAAAAAAUUAUCCUCAUGUUUCGAUUCAAUAGAUUAGAUAGAUAGCAAAGGACGAUCGACUGAUCGAAACCCCGAUAUUGAGGCUUUCAAUUUGUUAUUAUGCUGAACAACUUAUCACCAAAAGUCUAGCCCGCAUUCAGGAAUGAGACUUUUAUGUUGCGAUGAACUCUAGUGUUCCUAUUUUGUAUUAUCUUUUUCUCUGUCUUACCCCUUUCUUGAUAUAGUUGUUUUCAAACUGGAGAGAGAGUGGAUGAUAAUCGUGUAAAGGGACUUUUAUGUUGUGACGAACUGUAGUGGCUCUAUUUGUGUUAUUUUAUUUUAUGGUAAAGGGAUUUUUAUGCUGUGAUGAACUGUAGUGGUUGUGUUAUUUAUUCCUAUGCUUUUCCUCUUUGUUGAGGUAGUUGUUUUUAAGACUAUAGAGAGUAUAGAGGAUAAUCAUGUAAAGGGACUCUUAUGUUGUGAUGGACUUUGGUGGUUCUAUUUGGUGUUCUUUUUCCUUGUGAUUU